GCGUGGCUGCGCUGGCAGGGAUCGCUAUGGCAGCGGCGUCGCUGUGGGCUCGGCCUGCGCGUUCGCGCCGGGGCCCGGCUGCCUUCGCAGCCGCGGGCACCGCAGCCUCUCGGGCAUGAGCGGGGCCUCCCGCUGUGGCCUGCUGCCCUGCCUUCCGCUGCUGCCGCCGCCGCCGCAUCCCGACUGUGGGCCGGCGCCGGGAAAAUGCCCUUGGCCGCCUACUGCUACCUGCGUGUCGUGGGCAGGGGCAGCUACGGGGAGGUGACGCUCGUGAGGCACCGGCGGGACGGCAGGCAGUAUGUUAUCAAAAAAUUGAACCUCCGAAAUGCCUCCAGCCGAGAGCGGCGAGCUGCUGAACAGGAAGCCCAGCUGUUGUCUCAGCUGAAGCACCCCAAUAUUGUCACCUACAAGGAGUCAUGGGAGGGAGGGGACGGUCUGCUAUACAUCGUCAUGGGCUUCUGUGAAGGAGGUGAUCUGUACCGAAAGCUUAAGGAGCAGAAAGGGCAGCUUCUGCCUGAGAGUCAGGUAGUGGAGUGGUUUGUUCAGAUCGCCAUGGCUCUGCAGUAUUUGCAUGAAAAACACAUCCUUCACCGAGAUCUGAAAACUCAAAAUGUCUUCCUAACAAGAACAAACAUCAUCAAAGUGGGUGACCUAGGAAUUGCCCGAGUGUUAGAGAACCACUGUGAUAUGGCUAGCACUCUCAUUGGCACACCCUAUUACAUGAGCCCUGAAUUGUUCUCAAACAAACCCUAUAACUAUAAGUCUGAUGUUUGGGCUCUGGGAUGCUGUGUUUAUGAAAUGGCCACCCUGAAGCAUGCUUUCAAUGCAAAAGACAUGAAUUCUUUAGUUUAUCGGAUUAUUGAAGGAAAGCUGCCACCAAUGCCGAAAGAUUAUAGCCCAGAGCUGGCAGAACUGAUAAGAACAAUGCUGAGCAAAAUGCCUGAAGAAAGACCCUCUGUGAGGAGCAUCCUGAGGCAGCCUUACAUAAAGCGCCAAAUCUCCUUGUUUUUGGAGGCCACAAAGGCAAAAACCUCCAAAAAUAAUAUUAAAAAUGGUGACCCUAAAUCUAAGCCUGUUGCUUCCACGGUUUCUGAAAAGGCUGAAUCAAGUCAUGAAGUAGUUCCCCCUCAAACACACUCUUCUCAGGGCUCCAAGACAUAUGUAAUGGAUAAAGACAAAGGUUUAUCCCAGGAGAAACACAUAGUCAUUGGCCCCUUGAAGACACCUGCAAGUCUGAAAGGCCACCCCUGUAAACCAGACACGAGCAGCACCACAGAAUCACUGGCCACAAUCAGUAGAGUGAAUAUUGACAUCUUACCUGCAGAAGGGGACUUGAGUGAUGGCUUAACUCAAGAAAAUGAGCCAAGACACUUAGCUGACUCUAAGGAGCUAGAAGGUAAAUGCAAUAUUUCUCAAGUGAAAGAGAGGCUACAGGAUAAUACUAAGUCCAGCACUCGACCUGGAAACCUAAUUCCUAUGUGGUCCUCUGACGAUGUCACUGGGGAAAGGAAUGACCCAGUGAAGACUCUGCAGUCCCUAAACAAAGACCAAAAGCCAAAGGACCAGGAUGAAGUUUCUGGUGAAUGUAUUACAGAAAAAGAGGACAGAAUCCACCCACGUUUACAGCCACAGCGGUCUGGGUCUGAACCUUCCCUAUCUCGCCAGAGACGGCAGAAGAAAAGAGAGCAGACUGAGCACAAUGGGGAAGAGAAACAGUUCCAAGAGGCUCCUCCUCACCUUUUGCCUUCUCUUCCCACUGUUGGAAAAGUGGAUGUCACAUCAACCCAAAAGAAUACUGAAAACCAAAGUAGAGUGGUCACUGGGUGCAUGAGCCGUUUGAGGAGCAGUGAGAUGCCAUCAUCAAAGGAUCGACCAUUAUCAGCAAGAGAGAGGAGGCGACUAAAGCAGUCACAGGAAGAGAUACUCCCCUCAGACCCUUCAAUGAGGAGAGCUUCUCUGAAUGCAGCGGGGCCAGGAAAGCCACAAGAGGAAGGCCAGCCCACCCCUGCCCGAUGGUUGUCUUCUGGCCGAAGCUUUGCUCAGGAAAAGAAACUCACCCACUGUUUCUCUGAGGAGGAGUUAAGUUCUUCUACAAGUUCAACAGAUAAAUCAGAUGGGGAUUCCAGAGAAGGGAAAGGUCAUACAAAUGAAAUGACUGACUUGGUACAAUUGAUGACUCAGACCCUAAAAUUGGACUCUAAAGAGAGCUGUGAAGAUCCCCCAGUGCCAGAUCCAGUGUCAGAAUUUAAACUUCAUCGGAAGUAUCGGGACACACUGAUACUUCAUGGGAAAGUUGCAGAAGAGACAGAAGACCUCCAUUUUAAAAAGCUACCCUUAGUUAUCAUACCAGGUUCUGAAAAGAUCAGAAGAAUAGUUGAAGUCUUGAGAGCUGAUGUAAUCCAGGGCCUGGGAAUUCAGCUUUUAGAGCAGGUUUAUGAUCUUUUGGAAGAGGAAGAUGAAUUGGAGAGAGAGGUACAUUUGCGGGAGCACAUGGGUGAAAAGUAUACGAGUUACAGUAUAAAAGCUCGCCAGUUGAAAUUUUUUGAAGAAAAUGUGAAUUUUUGAGAAUUUAUUCUUAUUUGCUGCCAGAACUAAAGACCUAUGUUCAAAAGCUUUUGGCUUACACAGAAACAAACCUAUAAUGAGGACAGGAGGCCAUUCAUCAACUUUUUAACUCCUUUCGGUUUUUUUACUGGAAAAAAAAAUAGAACGGAGUAACAUGAAGCAAGUUAACAAAAGAAAGAAAAAAACCUUUGGCGUUAUCUUAUUCUCUUGAAGAGGAAAAAUCUAAGACUUUGUUUGGUUACUGUUUACUGAGCCUUAAACCACCAACUUUAUAUCUAGAACUUUAUUUUUUUAAGGUACUAAUUAGCUUGAAUACAGGGCCAAAUAAUAUUGGAUUGGAAGUUUUAUAGUGUACUAUAGUGAUAAAAGCACUAGGAGAAAUAAAUGACAUAAUAUGCUCACUGAUACUAUUUGUCAUUGUUAAUAACCUUAGGUAGUAGUUAAUAAAUUAUUUUUUUUUAAAGUCAAGUCACAAUUCUGGGAGUAGAUUCAAAUAAUGUAAAGUUGUAUCUAAUACUUGAGCAAUUGAAUUCCUUCUUUACAUACUGAUGGGCAUUUAACAUUUUAUUUUCAUGUUAAGAUACACCUCAUUUAGGGUAUUCAAGAAUUGAAACUAAGAGAUAUUUUGGCUGUGUAAAUCAAUGUUUUUACAUGCUGGCUUUUUAGAUUUAUUUUUCCAUCAGUGAAAACAUUUCUUAAACACUAAUUCUUUUUACAGUUAAGCAAUCUGUAAAUGGAGUCCAGUGGAGUCCAGCUCCUUUUAGUUACGUUGUACAUAUUUGUCUCCUGAAGUUUGGCUUCUUAUGUAUCAAGAUAUUGGUUGUCUUCCCAUGUUUUAAAUGUAUGCUUAUGUAUAUUUUAUUAGUUGUUUAAUAAGGGGGUAAUGCCCACCUGGGCAAUAGUUUUUAUAAAAUAAAAGUCUUGAUUAUUAAAUUUUCACUUCUGUAUUGAAGGGACACUACAAAUGAAUUCUGCUCCAGAAAUGCUUUUAGUUUUUUAUCAUUAAAAAUGUUUUCUUUGAAAAUACACACACACAUAAAAUACUCUAAUGAAAUGUUCCCUUUCCAGUCAUUUAACAGACCUUUAUUUAUUUUGUGUGCCAGGUUCUGGGGAUAUAGUGAAUACAACAAUACUUCUUGCCCUUAUAAGGCUCAUAGCUUGGUUCCUAAAACCUCUUAUGUUUACUUUGAAACGUCUGUUAGAACUCAACUACAAAAUCGUCGAGUCCUAGUGCCCAGUUGAGGGCAAAUCUUUGGCAAACUGUUGGUCUUCCUGAGCUACUUAUUCACCAUUUCUUACAUGUUUCAGAACUCUACGUCUUUCUGGAAAGUCAUUUAUUUAAGUUUCCUAAUUUAUUGAUAUAAAGUUGUACAUACUAUUUUCUUAGAAUUAAAAAAUCUCCCUCAUACUUUAUUAUUCCCAUUCUAUAUAUUUUUGUUUAAAUAUUCAUUCAGUUUUUAUCCUACUAUCUUGGUUAUUCUGUGGUUCUUUUUUCUUGAACACCUAAUCAUUUUUCAUAUUUAAUUAUAAAACACAUUUUUUAAGACUAUGAAUUUAAGAUACUUUUGGCCAUAUUUCAGACUUUGAUGGGACAUUUUUGACAUUAGUUUCUAAAGUCAAUAAUUCUGGUUUCGAUUUUCUUUUUUAUAAGUUUCUUAAUUUCCAUGUAUUUAGAAAGCCAGGGAAAUUGUCUCCUUGCUCCAGUGACAUUGCAGUGUUGUUACUGAAUAUGACCUGCACAAACUGUUUCUUAGAAUUGUUUUUCCCUGUGGCUCAGUACAUGACCCAUUAUUGGAAUAGCCAAUAAUAUGGGCAUUCAAUAAAGGUUAAUUAUGUUAUGCACAGAAUCACUUGUCUAUUAAAUAUUAUUCAAGCCUAUUAAUGACCUGAUCAAUAGAUUCUGUGAUGGAAAUGUUCUGUGUCUGCACUGUCUUAUAUAUUAGCCACUAGUCAUAUAUAGCCCUUGAAAUGUGGCUAGUUUGAGGAACUCGAAUUUUUUAAUUUUAAUUAAAUAUAAGUAAACGUGACUAGUGGCACCAUAUUGGACAGUGCAGCUCUGUAUCAUUCACUCAGUAAAUACUAAACACCUACAAUAUGUUACAUACUUUGUAGGUACUGGGCAAACAGCAGUGAGCAAAACAAAGUGCCUGUUCCCAUGGAGCUUACAUUCUAUAGAGGACAAUUAACAAAUACCUCCUGUGAGAUACACUAAAUGUCAUGAAAAAUAAAGCAGGCUAAAUGGAUAUAGAAUGAUAGGGCAUACCACUUUAUUUUGAUAGGGUAUAGGAAAUGCUUCAUUAUAGUGGCAUCUGGGUAGAGAUCUGAAAGGAAUGAACAAGUCAUAUACAUCUGAGGGAAAAUGUU